GUGUUGGGAUGGUUCGACCCGGAAGGAACUACAAAGACUAGGAAGGGACAGAAGGCCGACAAGGAAGGACCGGAUACCAGUAUGGCGGGCGAGGCCAGUAGCUCCGAGGGCGACCUUAGGAAGAUAGUAUCAUCCCUUACACGAGCACUGAACAAAAACCAAGGCUACCUAGCGGAUGCUAAGAAAAAGUUGACGUUUGACGGGGCAAACAUCACGGAAUUCCUAAUAGAUUACGAGAAUCUGGCUGCGCUGUUGAAAUGGACUGAAGAAGAAAAGAUGGACCACCUGGGGCAAAAUGUGUCUUUGAGCUUGGGGCGGGACAUAAUGGUCAUCGUGGACGUGAGCCGGUCUUGGAAGGAGACCCGGGAUGUGAUGAUGAGGAAAUACCUGGCAGCAGAGAAGAUGGCUACGGAGGCCGACUUAGUGGCAGUUCAGAGGAAGAACUUUGCAACGUACAAUGACUUCCUACGGGAGUUUACCUUGGUAGCACUAAGGAUCCCCUGGGUUACGGACCGAAUAAUGAGCAAAUACUUCCUCAGACAGUUCUCCGAGUUCGACAAAGACAAAAUUAUGUCGGCGCAGACGAGUAAGUUCGUAAACACCAGGGAUGUUGAUUUUAGUACAGUAACGGAUCUGGCCGAACAGACAGUAGUGACCGAGACGUUGGCCUUGCUUAAGGAAGGGGAGGUCAUAGAUCUGACCGAUAGGACAAGUGACAAGGUAAAGAAGGGGAUUGAAAGCCUGCAUGAACGAGUGCACGGAGUCGACAACAAGAUCGAAAGGGUGGAGAACGUGCUGCUGGUUAUGCAGGCGCAAGUAUCCCGACCCGCCUUUCCUCCCCAGAAAUCCGUAGUUCCGCCAGGUGCAGCCAAUCAAGGAUUCGGGCGGAGAGAUCCUGCUAACGAGCAAUGCAAGUACUUGACCGCAAUGGGACAUUAUGCGCGCGCAUGUCCAAAGCUCAACCAUAAUAUAUUAAAAAGGAGAUGUACCAGGUCAUUAAAGGGAGAAAUAUUCGGACCACAGGGGGAGCGGGUGAAUUGGAACUCGCCAGGGGGGAUGCGGCGAACCGUUAUCAUGCUCAAUGGGCUAGAGAUAGCAGCAGUAGAAGCUGAGCCGGUAGUCGAUAUCAUAUGGGAUCAACUUCGAGGCCGUGGACCGCAGAUCAACUUCAUUUUGGAAAACGACGGACGUGAUAGGGUGAACGCAACUACUCGGUUAGGGACGGCUGGGAGAAGGAUUAUCCGUGACACCGUGAUGGAGGAGGUUGCUGGAAGCUCCGUACCCCAGGCAGAUCCUGAGGCCGGAGAACCAGAAAAAGUCUAUGGGAAGGCUAGGGGAGAGGAGCCCACGGACAAAGUCACCGCUGCUAAAAAGAAGUUUAGGUAUCAGAUUCCGAUCUUAACCAUGCCAGAGAUCGAUGACACCCUUAGCAAAUUACUAGGAACCAUGGUGUCGGUGUCGUUUGAGACCAUGCUGCAGGCCAACCCUAGGUUGCUCAAAGGGCUUAAACAACUGUUGACUCGGCGACGAGUAGAGAUAGUUGAAAACCCCGAAGCACCGGAAGAAGAAAGGGAAGAGGAAGCCCCGCCAGAGGUCGCAAACCUUCAAAGGAGUCGCGGGGAUUUGGAGGAUCUGGAGAAAGCCUUUGCGGACAUCCGCUUGAGCUUACCAGACCGAGAGGGUGAUGAGGUCAUCAGGGCACCUCCCGGAACAAAGCUCAGCUUCCAUUCGCUACCCGUAGGGAAAACGGCGGUGCUCACAAUUCAAGAGGGAAGUCAUGACCAUCCUACAAAGCCUCAAGACCUUCCAGGCCUACCUAUUGGGAGGCGGUUCAUCCUUGCGAUCGAUCCGACGAAUGUUGCGGGGGCCUUAAAGAAUUAUAGGCCUAUAGAUCCGACGGUGGAGAAAUGGGUAGGAUUUAUCUGGCAGUUCGAUUACAAAAUUGAACGGAUCGUGGAAAUCAGAAACAAGGUCAAUGGGCUGAGCCGGGUCUGCAUCACUCCUGAAGGGGUGGAAGAUGUGGAGCCCAUAGAUGCGUUUCUUGAAUACGAAGGCAGAACUCUUGCAGUAGAUAAUGAAAUGAUGGGCGAAGAAUGCGCGUCUGGAGAACUGUUGAUCCAGACUUUGGAGAAGGGGGCACCUGCCGUAGUAGCUGAACUUAGAGAAGGGUCAUUCACCACUCGAGGUUGUAAAGAGGAGAAAGAUUCAUGGGGAGUGACGGUAGGACCGAAGGAGGAACUAAUAGCAAUGGCGGUUGAGGGAGGCCGGGACGCCGUGAUGAGCUUAGUGGAACCUUGGGAACGGAAGGAGUUCUGAUGGAUGGUAAACCAGAUGCAGGAGAGAAAGGAUGAGGACCAGGAAAGGAAGGAGUUUUUCUAUGCCCAGAUAUACGAAGGGAUUUUUCGGGAGAUCGGGUUGUUGCUGGUAGGAAACAAACAACCCAUGGAAGU